AUGGGCACCGGGACCCACUGGAAGCGGCAGCCGCGGGAGGUCCAGAAACGGCUGCUACAUAUGAGACUUUCGGUCGGGUUUUUCGGCGUGGAGGGCACGAGGCCCUGGUCCGUCUCCGAAGAGCUCCUACACACCCACAUCGAUCUGAACUACCAAGCGCUUCAGAUAUCCAUACUAAAGAUCACCAAGCCGGCGCUGUUCACUCACUACGUCUCGCGCGCUGAGAUCUUGAAAUUUACGUUGGGUGAAGAACCCUCUGUAGCUUCCUACAGUCAGCGGCGGCAACAAAUAGUCAAAACAAACCUGACGAGCCUUGUCGGUGCUUGUGUGCCGAUCGUAUCUGCCGCGAUGGCAGCCCACUCGCCCCCAGCGUUCGAUGCCCCCGAGAAGCUGAAAGCCGCACGUGCGUCCUUCCCCGGCCUCGCGCACACCGCGCCCACGCCGAUCGGCGUCGGAUUCAUCAGCUGGCUGCUCGACACAGACGAGGCGCGCGGGCGCGCUCUCCUCGCCGCGGCGCUCGCGAGCAACGUCGCCGCGCGCGCAGGGAACGAGUCGGGCGGGCACGGCGGCGCGGCAGCGCCUCCCACUUCCACUCUCGUCUCCGAAGUUCUCGCGAAGCUGGGCCCAUCCGGUUCCCCCGAUCUCGCCGCAGGUGGGCUCGCCACCGGCGCACAAAUCGCGUCGUACCUCACCCUGGGCGCCGCGGGCGUCGUGCUCGGCACGCGCUACGUGCUCACGCCCGAGUCUGCGUAUCCCGCCGAUGGCAAGGCGCGACUGUUGCGCGCGGCGGGAACGGACACCGCGCGUACGCUCACACGGGUGGCCGGCGGGCCUUGA